AUGGAGUGCAAGACUGAGGGAAAAGAAAAAUACCAACACAGCUUGAAUUUACUGAAUAAAAUUAAGAACAUGAAAGAACUAGCAGAGAUGAUUGAUGUUGUACUCAUCGCAGAAGGGGAGAAAUUCCCAUGCCACAGGCUGGUCCUGGCUGCAUUUAGUCCUUAUUUCAAAGCGAUGUUUACCUGUGGACUACUUGAGUGUACUCAGAGGGAAGUCGUACUUUAUGACAUCACAGCAGAAAGUGUGUCGGUGAUAUUAAAUUAUAUGUACCAUGCGGCUCUGGAGAUCAGUAAUGCCAAUGUACAGACUGUGGCUAUGGCCGCCUAUUUUAUGCAGAUGGAGGAAGUCUUCAGUGUGUGUCAGAAGUAUAUGAUGGACCAUAUGGAUGCCUCGAACUGUUUGGGUAUCUAUCAUUUUGCAAAGCAGAUUGGAGCUGAGGAUUUAGCUGAUCAAUCGAAGAAGUAUUUAUAUCAGCACUUUGCUGAGGUGAGCUUACAUGAAGAGAUACUAGAAAUUGAAGUGCACCAAUUUCUGACACUUAUUAAAUCAGAUGACCUGAACAUAUCCAGAGAGGAGAGCAUUCUGGACCUAGUUCUGAGAUGGGUAAAUCAUAACCGAGAACUGCGCACAGAGCAUCUUGUGGAACUUCUGAAGCAAGUUAGGUUGCAACUGGUAAAUCCUUCUUUUUUAAGACAAGCCCUGAAAAGGAACACAAUGCUUCUGUGUGAUGCAAACUGCAUUGACAUCAUUCAAAAUGCAUUCAAAGCCAUCAAGACCCCUCAACAGCACUCUCUCAAUCUUCGUUAUGGCAUGGAGACUACCAGUCUUUUGCUGUGCAUUGGCAACAAUUCUUCAGGAAUCAGGUCAAGACAUAGGAACUACGGAGAUGCCAGUUUUUGCUACGAUCCUGCAUCGCGCAAGACCUAUUUCAUCUCGUCUCCCAAGUAUGGGGAGGGUUUAGGCACUGUGUGUACUGGUGUGGUCAUGGAAAACAACACUAUCAUUGUGGCUGGAGAAGCAAGUGCCUCUAAACUCUCCAGACAAAAGAGCAAGAAUGUUGAAAUCUACAGGUAUCACGAUAGAGGAAACCAGUUUUGGGAAAAGUUAUGCACAACAGAAUUUCGAGAGCUCUACGCUCUGGGCACCGUCCACAACGACCUCUAUGUCAUAGGAGGACAGAUGAAAAUGAAAAACCAGUAUCUUAUUACAAACUGUGUUGAUAAGUACUCUGUAGAAAGGGACACCUGGAAAAGGGUGUCCCCCCUUCCACUACAGUUGGCGUGUCAUGCUGUAGUAACCGUGAAUAAUAAACUUUACGUGAUUGGAGGCUGGACCCCUCAGAUGGAUCUUCCUGAUGAAGAACCUGAUCGAUUAAGCAACAAGCUGUUGAAGUAUGACCCCAGGCAAGAUCAAUGGACAGAGCAGGCACCCAUGAAGUACUCAAAGUACCGAUUCAGCACAGCUGUGGUCAACAGUGAGAUUUAUGUUCUGGGUGGAAUCGGCUGCAUAGGUCGAGACAAGGGUCAGGUUCGGAAGUGCCUUGACACGGUGGAGAUCUACAACCCAGACGGGGACUUCUGGAGGGAGGGCCCACCCAUGCCCAGCCCCCUGCUCUCACUUCGCACCAAUUCUACCAACGCAGGAGCCGUGGACGGGAAGCUGUACGUCUGCGGGGGCUUCCACGGAGCAGAUCGCCACGAAGUUAUCUCCAAAGAGAUAUUGGAGCUGGACCCCUGGGAGAACCAGUGGAAUGUCGUGGCCGUCAACGCCCUCAUGCACGACAGCUAUGAUGUCUGCCUGGUGGCGAGGAAGAACCCCCGUGACCUCAUCCCCCCGCCUUCAGAGUCAGUGGAGGAGAGUGGGGGCACUGAGAGCGGCAUGCGCUGGGCACUGCAGGGGGUGUGUGCAGAGUCCACCCUCUGGUACCCAGGCUUUGCAGUUUCUUCCCCAAGCUUGGAGGGUUCCAGCUGCUAA